GUGUUGGCUGGGAAUGUAAAUAGUUGGUUCGCCUUGACGUCACAGCGCAUUGCGCAUGCGCAUGCUCUGCGCAUGUCGUGCUGCGUUUUUCCGUCUCAGAGCAGAAGCAAUGGUGCUCCAUUUGGUGCCCAGAUGGUCUGCAAGGCUCUUCUGGGCGUCUCCAGGAUGGAGGAGGACCUACACUCGGGGAGCUUCUGUGAGGUUGAAGUGGCUGGGUUGCCCUCGGGGCAUGUACAGCCCCUUGGCUUGCAGAGCGUAUUCCGCGGUCGCUGGCGGCCCUGAGGUAAUGCUGACCCCUGAGCGAUACCCGGUGCAACGGCUGCCGUUUUCUACUGUGUCUGAGGAAGACCUGGCUGCCUUUGAAUACAUCAUACCUGGCAGAGUUAUCACAGAUCCAGAGCAACUGCACGCAUGCAAUGUGGACUGGCUGAGGACCGUGCGAGGCUGUAGUAAGGUGUUGCUGAGACCCCAGACCUCAGAGGAAGUCUCCCAGAUUCUCAGGCAUUGCUAUAAGAGGAACUUGGCUGUGAACCCACAGGGCGGGAACACUGGCAUGGUGGGCGGCAGUGUCCCUGUCUUUGAUGAAGUCAUCCUGUCUACUGCCCUCAUGAAUCAAGUCAUCAGCUUUCACGAUGUAUCUGGAAUUCUGGUUUGCCAGGCAGGCUGUGUGUUAGAGGAGCUGAGCCGGUAUGUGCAGGAGCGGGACUUCAUCAUGCCGCUGGACUUGGGAGCGAAGGGCAGCUGCCACAUUGGGGGCAAUGUGGCAACAAAUGCUGGUGGCCUGCGGUUCCUGCGAUAUGGCUCUCUUCGAGGGACUGUCCUGGGCCUGGAAGUGGUACUCGCUGACGGGACCAUCCUGAAUUGCCUGACCUCUCUGAGGAAGGACAACACAGGUUAUGACCUGAAGCAGAUGUUCAUUGGGUCAGAGGGCACCCUGGGAGUCAUCACUGCUGUGUCCAUCGUGUGCCCACCCAAGCCCAAGGCUGUGAAUGUGGCUUUCCUUGGCUGCCCUGGGUUUACUGAGGUUCUGCAGACCUUCCGCACCUGCAAAGGGAUGCUGGGCGAGAUCCUGUCUGCGUUUGAGUUUAUGGAUACUGAAUGCAUGCAGUUGGUUGGACAGCACCUCCACCUGACCAACCCAGUACAAGAGAGUCCGUUCUAUGUCCUGGUUGAGACCUCAGGCUCCAGUGCAGGACAUGAUGCCGAGAAGCUGACCAGCGUCCUGGAGCAGGUGCUGAACUCUGGCCUGGUAACAGAUGGCACUAUGGCCACCGACCAGAGGAAAGUCCAGAUGCUGUGGGCCUUGCGGGAGAGGAUCACAGAGGCUCUCAGUCGUGAUGGCUACGUGUUCAAGUAUGACUUAUCCCUCCCUGUGGAGCGGCUCUAUGACCUUGUGAUUGACCUACGCACCCGCCUUGGCCCUCAUGCCAAGCAUGUGGUGGGAUAUGGGCACUUGGGGGAUGGCAACCUUCACCUGAACGUGACAGCAGAAGCCUUUAGCCAGGAGUUGCUUGGUGCCUUGGAGCCUUAUGUGUAUGCCUGGACAGCGGAGCAGCGGGGCAGUGUCAGUGCCGAGCACGGCCUGGGUUUCAAGAAGAAGAAUGUACUCAGCUAUAGCAAGUCACCCGUGGCUGUGAAGCUUAUGCAACAGCUCAAGGCCAUGCUGGACCCCAAAGGCAUCCUGAACCCUUAUAAGACUCUACCUGCUCAAGCCUAAAUGGAUCUUUUCAGAAAGUUGUGCAAGAUGCUAGGACCUUGGGCAUGCAGGGUUGGUGGGCCUGAAGGCCUCCCGGUGGAUGGUACCCAUGAUAGAUCAGGUUACUGACACACACUGGCUAGCCAGGAGCCGGCUCUGAGCACCCUCUGGGCUCCACCGCCUUUCUGUGUGUGGGGGUGGUGAACAGAGCAGAUAGAGGUGCCUGGCCCUUCUCUUGUCUCCUACCAGCUCAUUGUGGACAGAAUAAGUGGGCAGACAGUUGCCCCACUCCCAAACAGGCCAGAUCUCACUGGCUCUGUGGUGGCCCGUGGAGACCUGCUUUGUUGCAUCUCUGUAGUGUGUAAUUUUAAAAGCACACUCCCUUGCCUGGUGCCACACGAGGCCGCUGCUGGUCUCACUCAGCUCCACCAAAGGUCAGCUGGCUGUUUUUCUCCAGAGCUGUGACUGCUCCCACAGCACCUCAUGGCUAGCUUUUCCCAAGCUGCCACCAACAACCACCCCAGCGGAUAGAAAACUAGACAGUUUUAUUAUUUUAAAACUAGACAGAUAACUCAAUGGCUGGGCGAAGAAUUUCCUGCCCUAAUCUUAUCAACUAGCUCCUUCCACCUUGCUUGGCCCCUUGCUGGCAGCAGAGGCCAUAAACUCUUCUUUCUUUGUAUCCAUUUCCUUCUGCCUGGGACCCAAAAGUCCCAUCUGUUUCCUUUUACCCAACAAUCGGCUUCUGCCUUCUUUAUCGACACAAUCAAGAACCAAUUAGGGAAUUAAUACCUCUCCCUCCGCAUCUCUGGGAAGAGUGCCAUGUGGUCUCUUGGGUGGAUCUUACUGGAUGGUCUGUCAUAUAGCGUGUACUCUUAGGGCUGCAGCAGAGUUGUCCAGCCCCAGAUCAGUUACCACAAUGACCCAGAAUGUCACAACUCACCCCCAUGGGGCUGAGUGGAAUUGGCUGUCAUAUAAAGCAGGCCUUGGCUUGGUAACUGUGGUCCAUCUGACCAGGCCAUCCCCUUGGGUUUUGUUCGUUUUGAGACAGGGUCUCUGUACAUAACCCUGGCUGUUCUGGAACUUAGGAUGUAGACCAGAUUGGCCUUUAAACGCACAGAGAUCCACCAUGCCUCUGCCUUUGCUUCUGCCCCCUGAGUGCUGGGAUUAAAGGCAACUGCCCCUACACCCAGGUUACCUUGUUCUUGAAGGCCUGUCUGGUCAGUAAGCAGGUGUGGAGGGCUCUGAUUGCCUGCAGAGCCUGGUCUUUCUGGAUAUGGGACAGUCCCCCUGCUGAAUCGAUAGGGGCAACUUUCAGUCAUGUGCUCUAAACACUGUCCUCUAGGACUUGGCCUGUCCCAUGACCUGGAGUCCUUGAAGUCUGGGAGGUUGAAUAUACCUACUGUUUUUUUUUUUUUUUUUUUUUUUUUUUUUUGCUGUUAUUAGUUUUCAGAAAAAUUACGAAUUACAACCUGCUGCUGCUAGAAAAUUGUUCACAUAAAGUUAAUUGUAAAGUUGUGGCUUCUUA